CACUGGCUCGAUGCGCUGCACUUGGGUGUAGAGAAAUUUCAACAACAGUCGAAGAAAUUGUAAAAAUUAUUGUAUUUUCGCAUUUCUUGAGCCGUCUUCAGUUACGGGCGUGAGUGUGCGAAAGUCAGUGCAGCUGCUGCAAACGCCAAGGUCGCCGGAAGUGGGACACAAUGCGGGGCGGUGUCCCGGUCAUUGGUCUCAUCGAAUUGUCGAGUCUCCGUGAGGACGUCUGAAAAAAUCAAUCGGACUCCACUCCAACGCGUAAGAGCAGGAUGAGCAGCAACAAUAACGCCCCCGCAUCCGGAACAGACUCCGUCUCCAGCAAUGCCAACGAUCCCGUCUCCGGUUCGCUGUCCGUGGACAGCAAUCUGAUCAUCAUCCAGGACAUGAUUGAUCUCUCGGCCAACCAUCUGGAGGGCCUGCGCACGCAAUGCGCAACUAGUUCCACGCUGACGCAGCAGGAGAUUCGCUGCCUGGAGUCAAAACUGGUGCGCUACUUCUCUGAAUUGCUGUUGGCGAAGAUGCGGUUAAACGAACGCAUCCCGGCCAACGGAUUGCUACCUCACGCCACGGGCAAUGAACUCAGACAGUGGCUCCGAGUGGUAGGUCUUAGCCAAGAGACCCUUACCACGUGCCUCGCCCGCUUGACCACUCUUGAGCAGAGCCUGCGACUGAGUGACGAGGAAAUCCGUCAGCUACUGGCUGACAGCCCAAGUCAGAAAGAGGAAGAAGAGCUGCGGCGCUUGACCAGGGCCAUGCAGAACCUGAGAAAAUGCAUGGAGUCUUUGGAGAGCGGAACUGCGGCUAGCAACAACGAUCCAGAGCAGUGGCAUUGGGACUCUUGGGACCGGCCCAUUCACAUUCAUCGUGGCAGCGUUGGAAACAUAGGACUAGGCCAAAAUUCAAGCGCCUCCCCGCGAUCCCAUCAUCGCCAGCACGGUAGCAAAGGGAAGAACACCACUCUGGUCAAUUCAACUAGCUCCAGAAGCGGUCGUCAAUCGCCUACAGCGACGGAGGAACUGAACAGCACACAGGGUUCCCAGCUGACACUAACUCUUACGCCCUCGCCACCAAACUCGCCCUUUACGCCUUCCAGCGGAGUAAGUAGCAGCCUUAAUGGCACACCGCAGAGGAGUCGCGGUACACCUCCACCUGCCAGAAAGCACCAGACUCUGCUGAACCAAAGCCAAGUGCAGGUGGACGGGGAGCAACCAGCACGCAAUCGUUUGCCCACUGAUCCUAGCCCCGAUAGCCACAGCUCCGCCAGCUCAGACAUCUUCGUUGACGCAAAUACUAAUGCAAGUUCGGGAGGAAGUAACUCCAACGUGCUGAUGGUUCCAUGCUCCCCGGGCGUGGGCCACGUGGGCAUGGGGCAUGCCAUCAAACAUCGCUUUAGCAAGGUCAUGGGAUUCAUGGCAACUUGCACAUUGUGCCAGAAGCAGGUCUUUUCCCGUUGUCUGAAGUGUACCGACUGCAAGUACAUCUGCCACAAGCAAUGCGCUCCGCACGUGCCGCCUUCCUGCGGACUUCCACGGGAGUAUGUAGAUGAGUUUCGGCACAUUAAGGAACAGGGUGGAUAUGCCAGUUUGCCACAUGUACACGGAGCGGCCAAGGGAUCACCGCUGGUUAAAAAGACAACUCUGGGCAAACCGCUGCAUCAGCAGCACGGUGAUAGCAGUUCGCCUAGCUCCAGCUGUACCAGUUCCACACCGAGUAGUCCGGCGCUGUUCCACCAAAGGGAGCGUGAGCUCGAUCAGGCUGGCUCCCGUCCCAAUCUGGUACCUACUCCAUCACUGGGCAAGCAUCAACAGAGUCAAUUUAACUUUCCCAACGUGACGGUCACGGGUAGUGGCGGUAGCGGAGGCGAUAUGAUUAUAUCCAAUGAAUCAGUGCAAGAGCAGUUUCCGCCUGCGCCUAUUACCAUCAAUGGAAUGGACAGUCUAGUGAGCAGUUCCAACGGGCACACGAACUCCCUAAUCGGAAGCCAAAUAUCGAAUGCUUCAAGUGUCGCGACUGUAACGGGCAGCCUGGUCAACAGUACAACCUCCACCAGCACCAGCAGUUUCUUUCCUCGUAAGCUGAGCACAGCCGGAGUUGAUAAGAGGACGCCUUUCACCAGCGAGUACACGGAUACCCACAAAUCAAAUGACAGCGACAAAACAGUGUCUUUGUCUGGAAGUGCCAGCACGGAUUCGGACAGGACGCCCGUUCGAGUGGAUUCAACGGAAGACGGAGAUUCGGGGCAGUGGCGACAAAACUCAAUUUCUCUGAAAGAAUGGGACAUUCCUUACGGCGAUUUGCGAUUGCUUGAGCGGAUCGGACAAGGACGCUUCGGCACUGUGCACCGAGCCCUGUGGCAUGGAGAUGUGGCAGUAAAGCUUCUCAAUGAGGAUUAUCUGCAAGACGAGCACAUGCUGGAGACUUUUCGUAGCGAAGUGGCCAAUUUCAAAAAUACGCGACACGAGAAUCUGGUGCUCUUCAUGGGUGCCUGCAUGAAUCCCCCCUAUUUGGCAAUUGUAACUUCUUUGUGUAAGGGCAACACACUGUACACGUACAUCCAUCAACGCCAUGAGAAGUUUGCAAUGAACAGGAUUCUUCUAAUAGCCCAGCAAAUCGCCCAGGGCAUGGGCUACCUGCACGCAAGGGAAAUAAUCCAUAAGGAUCUGCGUACGAAAAACAUCUUCAUCGAGAACGGCAAGGUGAUCAUCACGGACUUCGGUCUGUUCAGCUCCACCAAGCUGCUCUACUGUGAUAUGGGCCUGGGGGUGCCCCACAACUGGUUGUGCUAUUUAGCGCCGGAGCUCAUCCGGGCACUGCAGCCGGAAAAGCCGCGCGGCGAGUGCUUGGAAUUUACACCCUACUCUGAUGUCUACUCUUUUGGGACAGUGUGGUACGAGCUAAUUUGCGGUGAGUUCACAUUUAAGGACCAACCGGCGGAGUCAAUCAUCUGGCAGGUGGGCCGAGGGAUGAAGCAAUCGCUUGCCAACCUGCAGUCCGGACGGGAUGUCAAGGACUUGCUGAUGCUGUGCUGGACCUAUGACAAGGAGCAUCGACCACAAUUCGCACGUUUGCUGUCGUUGCUGGAACACCUUCCCAAGAAGCGUCUGGCGCGUAGUCCCUCCCAUCCCGUCAACCUCUCCCGAUCAGCGGAGUCCGUGUUCUGAGGGAGCUGCUACCUGGUCACUGUCACUGUCAACGUCUUAUACACUGUUGACCGAUUAACUAAACUAGCUCACCUUCUUUCCAAGCAGUUAACUAUCCUAGGUUCUGAGGAACUAAGCAAAGAUUGUAAAUAUUUAAACGUAACUACAAAUUAUAGCAAACGAUUUUAAAACGAUUAAAAUUAAAUUAUGUAUACAGCAUCGGUUGCAAUAUAGUUGCAGUUGUGAGCAAAGGAAACAAAGGCAAAACAAAUGCUAACUCGAAAAAGACAAAACGUUUAAAUGUUAAAGAGAAGGAGCAAACUGAGAAGGCAUAGACAUACAUAUACAAACAAACAAGCACUGUGGCAAAUAUUAAUGUAAACGUUAAUCAGGUGAGCAAUUUCUAAAUUGUUAAUUAUGUGUAAGCAAAACUAUAUAUAUGUGUAUGUGUAUAUACAGAAGUGUAUAUGAGGAAAUAGUGUUUAAAUAAAUAUAUAUUGUGAAUUAUGUAUGGACAGAUGUAUAUAGUUAAUGGAUGUGUCCAUUAUAAUAAAAACGGAAUCCAGAAAAAUGUCAAAUAAACUUAUAACUAAAGCCAAA